CAAAACCAAAACAGAGCGUUAGCCUGUGAUAUCGCAAGCAGACAGAUAUGGUAAGUCGAGGGUGGCAACAGGGCAUCGGGUUCACAGGCAGAUCACUCAGGGCAACAAGCCAGACGUGACGUGGGAGUGGCAGAGUGUCCGCGUGGGAUCUCAUCUCACGGUGGCUGUUUGGCGUCGUGUUUCUGGCUGUAUGUGGUUGACUUGACUGACACAGGCGCGUGGAGCGAGCGGCAGUCAGGCAGCGACUUCAGCCAGCAGCGGCAAGGGCGGUCCAGCCACCACCAUCGGAGGACAGCGCACCACGCUCGCACGGUACACAAACAGACAGACUCGGACACACACACACAGCAAGACAACACGGAUAGCGGCGGACACACGAGGAGGGAGGCGAUGUUCAUCUUUCUGGUCUCCUUGUCCCGUGUUGUGUUGGUGUGGGUGUAAUGUCACUCACAGGCGCAACGUAGGUCGUUCGUCUGCUGUGGCGCCGAGCAGCAAGGGCCGCGGCGCCUCGUCCCAGGGCAUCCUGCGGUUCUACACCGAUGACGCACCGGGACUCAAAGUGUAUGCGACCACAGCGAACGAACGCCCUCCACGCGAUUCUGGGUUGGUUGAUGUGUUUGUUGUAUUGCUCAGUGGUCCGACGACCGUAUUGGUGUUGUCGUUGGUGUUCAUGGCGAUCGUGGUUAUCUUGCACAUCAUGGGCAAGACGCGAGCUGGCAGAUACGAAUCCGCCUAGAGGGAGGGAAGGGAACGAACCGCCACCCCAAUACACACAAACGGCGGGAGAGGGGGAGGAGCGAAGGAGGGAGAGGUGGCGGGGGGAGAAGCAAUAGUAUCCCGAUCGCACGAUGGGUGCGUCCGUGUGCUCAGUUGCACACCGCGCCCCGUCGGCUCUCUUGGCGUUGCGUGCUUGUGCGAUGUGAUGUUUAAUUAG